UGGACCUACCUUCUCCAGGUCAUGGUCACAUUUAUUAUGAUUUUUCACACACACCCCUUUAGCAUCUCGGAGAGAAAAUUACAUUACAGUGUUUCGUUUAUUUUAAACAAAUAUAUAGGAUAUGGAAAGGAAACUUGUGGAUGGAGUUUAUCCGCCAACCCCGCCGAAAACGCCGCCGUCUUCGGAAAUAUACGGCCAGUCCAGUAGAACACUCAUGGACAGUCCCAAGUCUGUCGUAGACGAGACAUCGGAGAGAGAAGCCGUCGAGACCCUGCUUUCUAUCUGUAAAGCUCCUAGCCCAGCAAGCAGUGAGCAUAGCAUGGAUUCGACAUGUUCAUCAACAUCCAAUGACCCUUGGAAUCUUCCUGGUGACCCUCCACCGCAACCUUUAUAUGGUCCAUAUUCUAGUCCAUCUAGGAGCUCAAACAUGGGUGCCGCAUUUUAUGAUUCUACAUCAUCUGCCACUUACACUGCUGUACCAGAAUCUAACAGUUUAGAAAAAAUGCGGGCAAUUCCAUUAGGGAGAGACUCCAAGUUGGCCCAGUUACUGAUGGAAGGACCUUUAGAAAGAAAAUCUGGACAAACCAUGAUGUCUGCUGCACCUUCAGUAGGUGACCCUUGCAGAGGUCAACCAGUCUCUGUAAUUGUGCCGACCAGUAGGAGUCAGUCCUGUCUCCCGGCAAAGAAAAGACUGAUUAUACGUAACAAUAGAGAGAAUAGUGAUCCAGUUACUGUUUGUCAAAAUAGUCAAAACAAUUUGUUCAAUGGUGCUUCUACAAUGAACUCAACAGGAAGUGAAACAACCUCGUAUUCUAUCUCUAGUCCAUCUUAUUCCAUUUAUACUGAAAUGACUCCAUUAAGUGACUCAAAUACUUUACAAGGAAUAUCAUCCUCAUCAUCACAGAUUCUUGGAAUUAAACCAUUAUCAGGGCAUUCAUCAUCAGCCACUGUGCAGUUAUCGGAGGCAGAGGACUCGUCUUUAUUGGAAUAUCCUUCUUCUGCUUCACCUCUAAUUGCAGAACCUCUUAAAUCAGCAGUAGAACAGUUGGACAAAACUCAGAACACAAACAAUUUUAAAAUUCUUCCUAAUGCUUUAUCAGGAUCACAUGUUGCCCCAUUACCCAUAGUGCUUACAAGAUCUCCUAACGGGGAAAUCACGCAGCAGCCACCCAUUGUUCAAGUCAUUUUCAUGAACAGUAACUGCGCAGCAACUUGCAAGGCAAGUAAUAUGCCAGGACUUUGCCCCAUUGCUCCGGCCCCUCUGACGAGACACACAACAGAACAAGAUAUAGAGGUAAUUGGUAGUUCAAGGUCAAGGCCGCACAGAUGUACAUACAAGGGAUGCGACAAGACAUACUUUAAAAGUUCACACCUGAAGGCUCAUUACAGGACACACACAGGAGAGAAGCCAUUCAUUUGUACAUGGAAAAGCUGUGACAGAAAAUUUGCCAGAUCUGAUGAGCUUUCCCGUCAUAGACGGACUCACACUGGCGAGAAAAACUUUGUGUGCCCUCUGUGUGAGAAACGGUUCAUUAGAAGUGAUCAUAUGUCAAAACAUUUAAGUAGGCAUACCAGCAGCCCACGUCCAAAAUCAAAAGGAAAGAAGGAUGUUGAACAAUCCAUGGAAGUUGUUCAUGAGAAAGUGGUUGAACAGUCCAUGGAAGUUGUUCGUGAGAAAGUGGUUGUUGAGCCAUUAGUUGAAAAGGACAGAGCAGUGGAUAUUUCAGAAGAUUCGCAUAUGUCGUGGUCGGCAGAAGCUUUGUGCAUGGAUCUGCCCCAGGCAGUCGCAGAUUAAGUUACAUAUAUAAGAUCAAUUUUUUACACCCGGUCAAUAACAUGUCAUAAUAUAUAGUAUUUAUUUUUCAUGUUUUGUGUAUUUUGUUCGAGAAAGCUUUUGGUUUGAAAACCAUUUCUUUGUUGUUUAUAAUUUGUUAAGCAAUUGUCUCUAAAACUGUGUAUUUUGACAAAGGAAAUGGUGCAGUUGUAUAGUAUGGUUGUAUGAUUAUACAUGUAAAUUCACAUACGUGCAUAAUGUCCUGGUUGAAUAUUUUCAUGGAUACCAUAAUGAUAGAUUAUUUAUUUAAGAAAAGAUUCAAAAAGUGCUAGGCAUUAUUUCACCUUUAACCUGCUGACCUUUAGAAUAAAUGCACACCCAGUUUCCUUUUUUUGAAACAGACAAUUUUUGGAAUGCUAUGAUGAAUCUUGUCAUCAAUAUAGAGCCUGGUCAGACUAGUGAAAGUGCAGACAGGUCUGGCUCUAUACUGGUGGCAAAGACUUAUAAAUCAUUUUCAGUAGGUCAAAUGGUAAUGUUUCACACCUUUAAUACAUUUGUAGAGUCUACAUACACUACAGUAUUGCAUGCUGAAAAUAAAUUAAUACCCAAUUAAAGGUAAUAUCAACUUAUUUUCCUCCUUAUCAAUUAGAAUGCUGGUAUUAAAUCACUAUUGUUAAAUUUUAGAAUAUAUACAUGUAUAUUUUUUUUAAAGAAAAAUAUCUGAUAAAAAUAUAAAUAACACUACAUAUAUAAUUGCCAUACAAAUUACCCCUAGCUUUAUGUAACAUUAUUAAUGCAAAUCAUUCCAAAUUGUGUGUCCUUAAUAUUAUAUACUUACGUACUAUAUGUAGUAUGUAUUAUUUUUGUAUAUAUUGUAAGCCUUGUUACAUAAAUACUUAUUUGUUAUUAUAAGGUCUAAAGGGUAAAAUACUUGAUACCAGAAUUUAAGUGUAUACUGAACGGUGCAAUACUGUGAAUUCUUGUUGUUAAAUGAGCUCAAACUGAUUGUUUACUAGUGUUUUACUAAGCCCUUUAGGGAAUAGAUAUGAGUCAGUAAACCAAACAAAACAUAUAAGUCCAAUGAAUGGGGAAAUAUUUUACCAGUGAAAUUCAGAUUUAUUGACAGAAAAUGGCUUUAGACAAAGGCAUAAUGGUGAAUUGUUAGCAGUUUGGAUUUUAAUCCUUUACUUAUAUUUAUAUCUUUCAAAUAUGUUUAUUACCGUGAAAAUAUGUUUGAUAAUAACUGAAAGUGAACAACCUUUGCUAACUGCACAGCACUAGGCCAGGCUAUGAUAUGAGCUAGGCCAGCCUGUAAAAUGAGCUAGGCCAGCCUGUAAUAUGAGCUAGGCCAGCCUGUAAUAUGAGCUAGGCCAGCCUGUAAUAUGAGCUAGGCCAGCCUGUAAUAUCCAUGCAGUGUGAUCAUACUCUUAUACUGUUGGCUGGCUCAUUUAAGAGUUUUAAUCUUGAUAUCCCCCACAAUUGUAAAUGAUAAGUUUGAAAAAUGACAAGCAGAUAAUUCUAGGCAAGAGGUGUAGAAGGAAAAGAGUUAAACAUUAAUUUGUUAAUCAAAGUGUUCUUUUAUUUGUGCCAUUAUUGUUGUUUAUUGUAUUUUAUGAAUGUUUUGUUGACAUAGACAUGAUAGAGAAGGAAAUAUUUUUUAACUCUUGUUCAAAUCAGUUUUAUUAUACAGUAGCUUUUGUACUUUUUGUUCAAAGUCAGUAUCUUUAACUUAAGUCCCAUAUAGAUAUUUAUCGGAUAUUAUUUGAUAUUAUUACUAUUUUCAGUUAUUACUGAAUGUAUUAAAAUAUUUUCUGUAAGUGCCACAUUGGUUAUUGAUUUAUUUGGAUAUAAUGUGAAGGACUUUUUAUCCUUAUAAUUUUAAAUUUUGGUAUGUUUUCACCAUGUCAAGUUCAUAUCACAAGUAUUAUGCUGAAAUGGCAAACACUUUUUUUUUGACAAAUACAAGUAAUUAGUUAUUAUUCUUUAUGGAAAAUAACUUUUCUAAUUGAAGGAACUUGAUUAAUUAGAAAAAAUGGUUAAUGUAUUUUUUUUUUCUUAUUUUUUUUUCCAAUGCAGAAAAGCUUUAAUGAACAAUUUAUGUUAAAAAUUAUAAAAAAAACUUGGAAGCAUACACCUGUACAUCUGUUAAAUCUGAUAUUUUUUUUGUACUCCAGUAUUGCAUUAGUCUUAAGCUAUUUAUAUUUUCAUAUUUGCAUAAUUGUCAUUUAAGGGGUUCUAUGUAUCCUCUAUUACAUGAAACAGUGUAAAUAUUUUUGCAUUGUGUCGACAUUAACCAUUUACACACACACAAAAUCCUUCGUCACAAUUCAGGACAUAAUCUGUCUCUCCUGGGAACCAUUUCUUUGAUAUAAUAUGAGCAAUUCUGACUGCAUUCAUGACUAAAUUUAUAUAUAUACAAGUAUGUAUUAUAUCAUUUACAUUGACAUAUCUCUUUGUUUAUUCUUUCUGGCAACAUGUUUUAAUCUUACUUUUUCAUGAAAUCCAAAUCACAAAUGCAAAUAUUGAAACUUUGUCUACAUAGAAUAUUAUGAGUUAUACAUAUUAAUCAUAGAUAUAAAAAGAUUUGUUUUUUUGGCGUAACCAGAUGUUUAUAAUCUCCAUAUCAAAGUUCUUAUAAUGGCUUUUUACCAUGGCAUACUUAUUUAAUAUCUAAGUAUACUUAUAUACUCAAAGAUACUGUGGUAAAUGACAAAUGUAAUAGGUGUUUGUAUGAAAAGAUAAUUUUGUUUAAAAAUCUACAUUAUUUUGUACUUAUUUAUUUUCUACAAACCGUAUUCUGAACAAAUAUCACAGUAUUGUUUACUAACCAUAUAAUGAUGUGUAAUAUUGGCCAGAUCAGUUUAGUAUGAAAUGUUAAAAAACCCGACUGUUUUGACAAAGUUUAUGAUAUAGUUAUAAUGUUGUAUGUUAUUUAACAUAACUCCCGGUGUAUGCUUGAAAUACUCCAUCUUGGAUUCUUAUGACAAAACUCUAUAUACUGUUGGCUGACUAACUUUAAAUUUUCAUCUUGAUAUUGCAAAAUCUGUAAAAUCAAGUUCAGAAAAUUGGAAAAUGUUUAACUCCAUUUUAGAAAUUCAGCAGGUGAAGAGUUUAAAUAGACUCUUUUAUGUAAUAUAAAUACAUGGACAGUAAUCUUUUCAAAAAGAAUAUUUUUACAUACAUGUUACGAAUUUACAGUACUGUUAAAUGUAAUACUCCUAUUUAGGCAAAAUCUAUCUAGAAAUGACUUUGUAUGCCCAGUCUUUUAUUACUUUUACUGGAAUGAAAAGGUUGAUAACAGGGGGUAAAAUAAAUCACUUAAAAAUGGCAUCAAAAUUUUCAAAUAAGAAUUAUAAUAUGUAAUAUAUAGACAGCACAAAAUAUUAUUUACUUGUACAUUGCAUUGCUGAUUAAAGGUUGUAUUUGUCACAAGAAUUCUUGUGACUGAAGUAUAUUACUGAAGUAUAUUACUUCUGGUAAAUGUUGAAAGAUGUGAUAACCUUGUCUAAACAUCUUACAAUUUAAAUUUCAAUGCAUCUGCAUUUACGUACAUGCAAUGUAUUGAACCUUAACAUGAACCUUUACAAGGAAAAUUAUUCUGUUUAACCCAGUUUAAAAAUAAGGUUAAAAUUCUUCAAAAUUUGAUUUUUUUUGUUUUUUGUUUUGUGACAUAGUGACAUAAUUUUGUUGUAAAAUUUGUAGUUUUAUUUUUGUAAAGAUGUCGUAAUUUUUGUAUGGCAGAUGUUGAUAUAUUUUUAGUGUAAUUUCAGUUUAAAACUGUUACAAAAAAUGUUUUGUUGAAUUGUUUGACAUAAUGUGAAUGGAUUGUUAUUCAUACUGUGCUAGUCUAUUGAAAAGUUAUAUUGUUUCUUUGUGUAUAUAGUUGCUACAUAUUUAUUUGAUUUCUUAUUGGUUACAAUGCAAUAGCAAAAAAAAAAUAAAGAUUUUUUUUGUACA